CACUUCCGACAGCAACACCCUGGAAGAUAUCUCUCUCCGAGUUGAACCAGGACAGCUGGUGGCUAUCAUUGGCCCUGUUGGAGCAGGAAAAUCAUCCUUGCUGAUGUCCAUUCUCGGGGAGUUGCCAGUCCUCAAAGGUGAGAUCAAGUUGUCAGGCAGGCUGGCCUAUGUUUCCCAGCAGCCCUGGGUAUUUUCUGGCAGUGUGCGACAGAACAUUGUCUUUGGGGCAGUCUUUGACAAGAUCAAGUAUGACAGAGUUAUUCAAGUCAGUGCUUUGAGAAAGGAUUUUGAAAUCAUGCCACAAGGGGAUGCAACACUUAUAGGUGACAGAGGCGUGAGCUUAAGUGGAGGUCAGAGGGCUCGGGUAUCAUUGGCCCGAGCUUUAUACAUGGAUGCAGACAUUUACUUACUGGAUGACCCUCUGAGUGCUGUCGACUCAGCUGUUGGAAGGCAUAUAUUUGAAAAAUGUAUAGUGAGCUACCUGAAGAAGAAAGCAAGAAUCCUGGUGACGCAUCAAGUGCAGUUACUGCCUGCGGCUGACAGUAUCUAUAUUCUCAAAGAUGGUAGAAUUAGCAUCCAUGGUACAUUUAAUGAACUGUCUCACUCUGGCGUGGAUUUCUCUGAGUUGUUGAAGAAUCCUGAAGAUGAGGCUUCACCAGCUUCCAUCCCCCAGAGCUUGACUACUCAUAGUGAUGGGACCACAAACCCGCAAGUCCAAGAGCUUGGAUCUCGCAUGUCUCUACACAGUUUGGUUGAUAGUUAUGAGCCUGAGCCGGUCCAGCUGCCAGAAGAGGAAGAGAGAGCCAGUGGGACAGUGGGCUGCAGUGUCUAUGUGGAAUACUUCCGAGCAGGGACCGGGCUACUCAAGUUCUUGCUGCUGGUGGCGGUCAACAUUGCUGCCCAGCUCUUCUAUGUGGCCAGUGACUGGUGGCUGUCCAGAUGGUCCAACCAAGAAGAAGAUCGAUACGCAGCAUUAGAGAGACUGAGACAUCUGAUGCUGGAUAACAACAACACAGACCUCAGCAACAUCACCACCACCAGCAACAUCACCGUCCCUUGGGUUGACAGCUACUUUAACAUCUACAUCUUCACAGGCAUUAUUCUAGCAGUGUUUGUCUUCGGCCUGGCCAGGGCCUUGCUGUUUUUUAGAAUUGCUGUGGAUGCAUCUCAGGAGCUGCAUCGGCGGAUGUUUGUGCGAAUUUUGAGAGCACCAGUGUCCUUCUUUGACACAAAUCCUGUUGGAAGGAUCUUAAAUCGUUUCUCAAAGGACAUCGGACACAUGGAUGAUUUGUUACCUGUGACUUUCUUUGAUUUUAUUCAGUGUUUUCUGCUGAUCAUUGGCAUUGUCCUAGUUGCUGGAGUUGUCAACCCUUACGUGUUUAUACCAACCGUGCCUCUGGUGAUAUUGUUCUUUCUGGUCAGAAAGUAUUACCUGCAGACUUCCAGGAGCGUCAAGCGACUGGAGGGCACCUCCCGGAGUCCCGUCUUCUCAUACCUCAGUGCCUCACUACAAGGACUGCACACUAUCCGCUGCAUGCAGAUGGAGGAGAAGUUUAUGGAGGAGUUUGAUGCUUACCAGGACAAGCAUUCGGAGGCAUGGUUCAUGUUCCUGGCUACAAGCCGCUGGCUGGCAGUUAGACUUGACUGGCUGUGUGCCAUGUUUGUGACAGCGGUCACUGUAUGUUCUGUUCUUGCUGCUGACUCAAUGAAUGCUGGUCUUGUUGGUCUGUCUAUAACCUACACAAUGACCUUGAUGGGGAUGUUUCAGUGGGGGGUCAGACAGAGUGCAGAAGUGGAGAAUCAGAUGAUAUCAGUGGAGAGAGUGCUGGAGUACUCUCGUCUGCCCCAGGAGGCAGACUUAGAGUCAGCCCCAGAGAAGAAACCGCCCCCUUCCUGGCCUCAACAUGGGACUAUUGUAGCAAGAGAUGUGUGUCUGCAGUACUCAGUGGAUGGGCCCCUAGUUCUGAAAAACCUCAACUUUGCUAUCCAUGGAAGAGAGAAGGUGGGGAUUGUUGGUAGAACUGGCGCAGGGAAGAGCUCACUCAUCACCACACUGUACCGACUGGUCGAACCUCAGGGAUGCAUUCUCAUUGAUGACAUCAACAUUCAGGAAUUGGUCUGCAUGACCUCAGAAGCAAAAUCUCCAUCAUUCCACAGGUAUGACCCAGUCCUGUUUUCAGGAUCGUUAAGAAGGAACCUGAAUCCAUUUCAGCGGCACACAGAUGAACAGUUAUGGACAGCUUUAGAGGAGGUGCAGCUGAAGGAUCAGAUCAGAGACAUUCCAGAAGGACUUAGUGCUGAGGUUUCCGAAGGUGGCAUCAACUUCAGUGUUGGUCAGCGGCAGCUGAUUUGUCUGGCACGAGCCAUCCUGGGCAACAGCAGGAUCCUCCUUAUUGAUGAGGCCACCGCCAAUGUUGACCCCAUCACUGAUGAGCUGAUACAGCAGACCAUACGCACAAAGUUCCAGGACUGUACAGUGCUUACAAUAGCCCACAGACUUCACACAAUUGCCGACUCUGACAGGGUUAUGGUUCUGGACAUGGGUCAGAUUGUAGAGUUUGACAAGCCUUAUAACUUACUGUCCAGUGGUCAAGGUUUCUUCUUUGAUAUGGUUCAGCAGCUGGGCAAGACAGAGCUUGACCAUCUGCUGGACAUUGCUCACCAGGCAGCCAAGAAAAGGUGA